AGAAAGGUCAUUUCGGAAUAGUAAAGACUGAGGAACUUAUUGAAAGAGAAUAUUAUAUAGAGAAUUUAAGAGAAAAGAUUAAGAAAAUUGUUGAUAAUUGCGUUGAGUGCAUAAUUGUAUCUCAUAAAAAGGGCAAAAAAGAAGGUUUGCUUAAUCCGAUUGAUAAGGGUAGUGUCCCAUUGUCGACCUAUCACAUAGAUCACUUAGGACCCCUUACAUCAACAAAUAAAAGUUACAAGUACAUACUUACAGUAGUUGACGCGUUUACCAAAUUUACUUGGAUUUAUCCUGUGAAGACUUUAACAACAGAAGAGACUAUUAACAAACUGACUUUACAACAACAAGUUUUUGGGUCACCCGAACGUAUAAUAACAGACCGAAACGCUGCAUUCACUUCAAAUGAUUUUAAAGAGUAUUGUAAGAAUGAGAACAUUACACAUUAUUUAAUAACGACUGGUCAGCCAAGAGGAAACGGACAAGUAGAGAGGGUACAUCAGAUAAUUAUAAACGUACUUGCUAAACUAAGCGCCGAUGAUCCUACGAAAUGGUACCGUCGUGUAUCAAAUGUACAGCGUUGUUUGAACGGAACUUAUCAACGUAGCAUUGGAAUGACGCCGUUUGAAUUGAUGUUCGGAGUAAAGAUGAGAGAUAAAGAUGAUGGAAUAUUAAAAUUGAUUGAAGAAGAAAUUAUUCAAGAAGUAAACGACAAGAGGCAAGAAAUAAGGGAGAAAGCUAAAGAGUCUAUAAGGAAAAUACAAGAAGAGAAUGUGAAGUACUACAAUCGGAAGAGAAAAGAGGCUUUUUCUUAUGAUAUUGGAGAUUUAGUAGCGAUCAAGAAGACACAGUUCUCACAAGGGAGUAAACUGUACCCUAAGUUUCUAGGACCCUACGAAGUCACCGAAAAGAAACGUAACGACAGAUACGUACUAAAUAAAAUAGGAACGGCGGAAGGCCCUAUUAAGACAACUAGUUCUGCAGAUUACAUGAAGCCUUGGGUCUCCUCGGAAGAUAGUAUUUCAUCUGGGACAGAUGAAUAGUCAGGACGGCCGUGUGGGUUGUGAACGUUUUUUAUUUAAAUUGUUUCGUUAUUUUAAGUUAUUGUUAGGACUGGCACUUUUUAUUUUAGAAGAGUAAAUUGAUGUAAAAUGUCAAAGAAAAAGGAUUAGACAUUGAAGUUUGGAAGAUGAAAAAACCUAUUAAAGAAACUGAAGGAAAUAUUUGUUUUACUAUAUCCAACUGAGUAA